CUUCCUCUUCUUCUUCUUCUUCUUCUUAUAUACAUAUACAUUACACAUACACAUACAAUACAAACACAAUGCUGCGCCAGGCAUUCUCUUCUUCUCUCCUGCGCGCCGUCGCUCGGCCCCGUGUCUCCGCCUCCGUCUCUUCUCUCUCUCUCAGACACAUCUCCUCCUCCGCCCCCCGGACCGCCAAACCCGCCCCGACCCCCUACCCCCCAGACUUCCGUCUCAAGCCCGAGGAAAAAUGGUACGAAGGCGACUCCGCCCUCGACCGCGCCGGCCGCUUCUACCUCAUGGCUGAGCUCUUCCGCGGCAUGUACGUCGUCCUCGAGCAGUACUUCCGCGCUCCCUACACCAUCUACUAUCCCUUCGAGAAGGGCCCCAUCUCCCCCCGCUUCCGUGGCGAGCACGCCCUCCGCAGAUACCCCUCCGGCGAGGAGCGCUGCAUUGCCUGCAAGCUCUGCGAGGCCAUCUGCCCCGCCCUCGCCAUCACCAUCGAGGCCGAGGAGCGCAUCGACGGAUCCCGCCGAACAACACGAUACGACAUCGACAUGACAAAGUGCAUCUACUGCGGUCUCUGCCAGGAGUCCUGCCCCGUCGACGCCAUCGUCGAGACCCCCAAUGUCGAGUACUCGACCGAGACCCGCGAGGAGCUCCUCUACAACAAGGAGAAGCUGCUCUCGAACGGUGAUAAGUGGGAGCAGGAGAUCCAGUUUGGUCUCGACGCCGACUCUCACUACCGUUAAUCAUUCAUCAUUCGCCCUCCUCUACUCACACUCACAUACUCAUCCUCACUUCCUACUUCCUACUCAUAAUACACUAUAGAGUGAGCCCAUCAGAUCGGACCGGUGUUUUUCUUUCUUCAUAUUAUUGUCUUCAUAUUUCUUGUCUGCUCAUAUUUUGUCUUUGUCCUGAUGUAC